CUAAACCGUCCUGAAAGAUUCAGCCAAAGAAAUCGGUCAGGAACUGUCAUGGUGCCCUCUAUGUGAAGAUAGAAAUGUUUGCCCUUUCUUACUGCCGUCUGUUAUUACAGGGGGUUUCCAGACAACCUGUCAAUCCAGUGGUCAGAGCAGUAAAAUGUACCAGGAGUCUUACAACAUCUCAGCAACCGACGAAAGAUGAUAUGCCCAUCAAAACUGAAAACCCGUACAAGCAACCACCGAAAACGUGCAUUCUUUGCAAAACACUCGUAGACUUUAAAAAUGUCCAGCUGCUGUCUCAGUUCAUUUCACCACAUACAGGCAGAAUAUAUGGCAGGCAUAUAACUGGUCUGUGUGGCCAGAAGCAGAGGGAGGUUACAAAGGCAAUAAAGAAAGCUCGGUCAAUGGGUUUUAUGUCAGUCACGCUGAAGGAUCCACAGUUUAUCAAAGACCCUGACAUUUGUGGCAUCCGGCACUUUGACUAAGACGAAUUGGGUUACAUUAUCUUGUUAGAAUUGUGUUAAGGCUAUGGCUUCUUUUAGACGUACUAAAUCUGAUUAACUUCAAGACUGGAUUGGUAAAAUUGUUUCAGUUUCAAGUGACACUUGUUUCUGUAAAUGUUUUUCAAAAAUGAAAAAUGGUUAUGAAAAUAAACUGUGAAAUAUUAAGGAAUCAAA